AUGGCUUCAGAAGAUCUAUUUCAAGCUUACAUUGAAAGAACCCUUCCCAAAUCAGCAGAAGGUCUGGAAGAGGAAGAUCUGGUAGAAAUGGUGAAGAAAUGUGAGACAAAGGCGGCUCUGACCACCAUUUACUACCUGUCAAGGGACAUUACAGUCCGUGUAAAGCUGAUAAAGGGCGGUGCAAUCCCUCUUGUGUUGGAGAGUCUUGCAGAAGCAGAUAAAAGAAUCUAUGAAAGAGGGUUGGCGGCCAUGGAUCUGCUCUGUUCUUGCUCCGAAGGCCGAGCUGCUGCUUAUGAACAUGCUCUGACUGUGCCUCUUGUUGUGAAGAAAAUUCUCAGAGUUUCUACCUUGGCAACUGAUUUUGCAAUUUCUAUUCUUUGGACCCUUUGCCGGCAUUCUUCUAAUGGCUCGGCUAUGUUGGAUGCGCUUCAGUCGGGGGCGUUUCAGAAGAUUUUGGUGGUCAUUCAGUUGGGUUGUUCUGAGAAAACCAGAAUGAGAGCGACCCAAUUGCUCAAGUUGUUCAGCCACUACAGAGAUGAGUGGGAAUGUAUAGAGACUGUCGAUUUCAAGGAUGUAAAGCGAUCUUUUUAA